CAGGGGUUACUGCCGACAGCCUGCUCUAGGAUUUGUUUAUGGCUUCUUCCUUUUUUCCAGCACAUGGGACUUGGUGUAUGUGAAGUGUUUCCCACUUGCUGCUGCGAUUAUUGAUUGUGUCAUCAUUAGUAAUCUGACAAGUGCAGAGAAAUAAUUUGGAUGGAUUAAGUGCAAACUUUCCCGCUGAGCAGCAGCUCUGUCUCUGCAAGCACUUCUGUGGUGGUUGACACAAGAAAUGAAAUUCGUCUGACUGGUACUGUCUUUCCAUCUUGGAGUCAUCUUAAAUCAGUGAGCCUGCGCCCGCUGGCCACCAUGAAUGCCUCAGCACUGCCGCUCAGCAACAACACCCCGCUCUGCUAUUCCAUCAACAGCCCUCCUUUCAAUUACCACCCCACCAUCGCCUCGGCAUACUUCUCAUCCAUCUUCAGCAGUUUGGGUCUCAUUUCAAAUCUCAUUGCCUUCAUUGUUCUCCUCAAGUCGUUCCGCCAGACACACAGCCAUUCACGUUCCUUCUUCUUGAUCUUCCUGGGUGGCUUGGUUGUCACUGAUUUUAUGGGUCUUCUGGUCACAGGCUCCAUAGUGGUCUCCUUCCAUGUUACACACUUUAAUUGGCGUACAGUAGACCCCAACUGCCACUUCUGCAACUUCAUGGGCAUGUCCAUGGUUUUCUAUGGCCUGUGCCCACUGUUGCUUAGUGCUGCCAUGUCUGUGGAGCGUUUUAUUGGCAUCAACCAUCCAUUUGCACGCUCUGCCAGUAUGCCCAAGAGCCGGGCAAUCUCCAUGGUGCUGACAGUGUGGUUGAUUGCUGGCUGCAUAGCGUUGCUGCCCCUAACAGGCAUUGGGAGUUACCAUAUUCAGAUGCCCGGCUCCUGGUGUUUUUUCAACAUCAGCUCUAAGGGAAAUGACCUGGCUUUCUCCCUGCUCUUCUCUCUGGCCGGGCUGAUGUCUCUCACUGUCUCAUUUUUGUUGAACACGGUGAGUGUGGUGACCCUGAUCAAGGUGUGCUGCGGACAGGACAGGAACCAGCGGCGCCGAGACUAUGAAGUGGAAAUGAUGGUUCAGCUCAUUCUGAUUGUGGUCAUUUGUUCUGUCUGCUGGUGCCCCCUACUGAUCUUUAUUGCACAAACUGUGCUGUCCGGAGCAUCUCUCCAGAUCAAGUACCUACUGCUAUGGCUACGCUUUGCCACCUGGAACCAGAUCCUGGACCCAUGGGUAUACAUCCUGUUUCGCAGGGCAGUUCUUAAAAGAAUCUACCCUCGCUUCGACUGGUCCCGGGGUUCCAUCAUGACCUCGUCUUUCAGCAACACCCUCCGCAGGUUCACACGCACUUCACUUGGAACUCUUGGCUCAGACGGUGCAGGUGAGAUGGAGAAAUCAAGUGUAACGGCUCCAUCUGCCUUGAAGCCGCCACCUCCUUCUCCGUGAUUAAUUGGAUUUGAGUUGUUGCAGCAGACAGAGAGUUGUCACUAGGGUCAAAGUAUGUGUUAGACAGUUGGCACUCUGAUCAGUUUUUAUGUUGGCUGUGGCUGUGAAUAGGAUAAGAUGCACACUGAAAUGUUUUUUCAGUAUUUUCUGUAACUUUUUUUUCAUGGCAAAGUACAAAGACAGAGUGGGAAUAAAAAUCUAUCAAUACAAAACAAAUCCAUUAUACUUAGCACAUUGUAAACUAGCUACCUGCCCUGCUGUGCAUAAAUGUACUUUUUCAUCAAGUGCUUUUAUGAUGUUUGAGUUAAAUAGGGACAAUGUAUGAUCAGUCAUGUGAUUACUUUACAGAAAUAUGAUGCUUCAUUCUGGUGGGAUGUAAUGUCUUUUAAACACAGGUAUAGUAGACGCUGUUCAGAUGCUCUCGAGCAUCACCAUAGACUCAGAAAUAAUAAUUUACCGUAAUUGUGUUUUCAGACUCAUGCUAAGUACUGUUCAUGUGUUGUUCACUUUGUGAAAGUAUUUAAAUAGAAAAUUUGAGGGCAAACUCUUAGGGUGGAACAGUGGAUCCCAAGAGUAUCAACAACUGAAAACUAACUUAUGCUGAUCUUGCAGAGACACUUCUAGCUGAAGAUUUAAUUUGCCUCUUAUUUUGGCAGUGUUUUAUAUGUAACAUUAGACUAGUAAUAUAUUGUUUACCAGCAGUGUUUUGACUUUACUUCACCGUAUUACCAGUGAGGGCUGGUUUUCCUAAUUACUGAUUUCAGACUCUGCUCACCCAUAUUCUCAUUUAACACUAUAGGUGUGUAGCCAUGCAGACAAUUUUGGUUUUAUUUUACCCAGGUUUUGAGAUGCCCAAUUUUCAGAUUUCUACACUGGAAGUGGAUGGGAAAUUCAUUUGUCCUGAAAAAAUGUUAUUGGAAAAUAUUUUAAGUGAGUAGAGUCUAAGUGUAUGCAAGAUUAAGUGGGAAAGUACAUGUAGCCUUUGUACAUAUAAUUUCAGUGAACUGACACUUUUUAAAAAAGGCUUUACCUGGUUUAUGUUGGUGUUACUGUCUUUCAAUCAAGUAAAUGAUCAAGGAUGGAAAAAAAGUCCAAUAUUUAUAUCUGAAGAAGGUGCCAUUGUGUUAUCUAAACUGGUUUUAUUUUUUGCCUACCUCAGUUUUAAGUUUGAAUAAUACCAAUGUAAAUAUUCCCUAGAUCCAUAGUUACUCGAGAAAAAGACUAUUAAAAUUAAUUAAUGGUUUUCAAGGCAACAGAAGAAUUAGCUUUGAUAUCCUAUGAAAUACUAAAAAGUCUUAAUAAGGGUUCAUGAUAUUAAAUUUCCGCUAUCUUUCCCCUUGCUUCUUCUCUGGGCCUCAGAUGACUGAUGUUAAAGCAGUUGUUAUUUCAUCGUGUCAGAGAUGUUUAACUUCAAAUUGCUGUCAAGUGAGAAAGUGUUUAGAGCAACAUUGUAGGAAGUGGGGCAGGAUUCAUUCAUUGGAUAAUUCAAUUUCAGUCUGAAAUUUGUGCAGUGUCAUUUGAGUUCAAUUGUCAUAUUUUGCUGAAAAUUUGUUUUUGUCAUUUAUUACACGACCUGAUUAUUCAGUUCUCUACUGGCAUCUGCUCAACUGUCACACAAUUGCACAUAAAUAUAGUGAUAACCUGCUUUUAAACAUUAUAUAACAAAUGCUUGCUUGUUCUGGUUGUUGCGAAUGGAGAAGUAGACUAAUAGUUUUUGACUUUGGGAUUGACCCAAAAAUGUCUUCUUGUUCAUUUCCUGUUUAGGUCAGUGGGUUUUCAUUAGAUAAGCUUUACUGUAGUUUAUGUGAGUCCUGGGCUCCUAGAUAGCUACUAUGUGGUUUUGCACCUGCAUUUUCUAACACAUUGUUUCUUUCCAUAAUGGUCUAUAUGUGUGGGGAGGAAACCCCUAAACCUUGUAAACAUUUAUCUAUCAUCAAAAUAAAAAG